AUGAACGGAGGGAAAAACGGAUCGAAACUAAGCUCUUUCAAAAACCUGAGACAAAUUGGACAUGGCGGAUUCGGUGUUGUAUAUUCGGCAGAAAGAAAUAAUGGAGAGAAAGUGGCUAUCAAAAAGAUUGGAAAGGCUGCUCUGCCGAGCCGCGUUAAAGAAGAAAUUGAAACGAUGAAACGGCUCGAUCAUAGGAAUAUCGUUAAAUUCUACGAAUCUUUUGUCGAUAACGAUGAUACCUAUGUAGUAAUGGAACUGUGCGAAGGUGGUUCUCUUAUUGAGUUUGUAAAACGAAGAGGACCCCUCGAUGACGCUACUGCCGUUCAUAUUCUCCGGCAGCUCAUCGCAGCAGUGAAAUUUAUUCACAGUAAGAACAUUAUUCAUCGUGAUCUGUCAGCGGGAAACGUUUUCAUAAAAGACGCUACAAAAGCGAAGAUGACAGUUAAACUUGGCGAUUUUGGUUUAGCCACUAGUCUUGAACAUGGCGGAACAGCAUGUACAAUUGUUGGAACUCCCGGAUACAUUGCUCCACAAGUGUUCAAUCAAAACUAUAACCAAUCCGCCGAUGUCUAUUCACUUGGAGCAGUUCUCUAUACAAUGCUAACUAAGUAUCCUCCUCCAACAAAUGGACCGCUGGAUACAAGUGAUUUAGCUAGAAGAAAUAGGAGUGCAGCCGAGUUGGUGAAACGAAUGAUGGAGACAAACCCAAAAAGACGGAUUGAGCUAAGAGAAAUUGUUAUGAGCGAAUUCAUGAAAGAAAACAUGGAUGAAGAAGGAAGAUUCUCCAGGGAACAUUCUAAAGAUAGUAGACAUCAGCUAUCCAGAGAGCCCAGAAUAUCUUCAAGAGAUGAACGUUCACAGGACAGAAGACCCCUACGAUCAUCAAGCCAGCCUGUGAAUUCUGCUAGAAUGACUCAUAACCGUUUUGAUCAAGAGAGGAUACACACAGCAUCUCAUGCCGGGAAUUCUUCAGAGAACGAUCGAGGAAGAGCGAGACAGCGAACGAGUGCUCGAGGCUUGGGGACAAGCGAUGAAACUCAAUCACGCGAACAAAUUUGGCCGAUUCGAAUGGAACGUCUUGCUGGUCAGAGGCUACACACCGCUGGUGGACGAUACAUAAUCGAGAGUGAUAGUCGUUGCCGAUUCGAAGUUGCCGGACAGCACGAAGUUGUUCUACGGAUUCUAAUCGUCGAGUAUAAUCGGUACCAACAAAAACAAACAGUCUGCGUUCAUAAGAUAAAGAACAGAGGCGAAAAAUGUCGAAAUGAGAGAGAUGAGCUGAUAGAUGUAUCUGAACCUCUUGCGGUGUAUACAACGUAA